CUUGGCAAAGAUGACCAGACAGAUAAGAUCUGCCAACAUUGGGCUGAUUCUGGCCUUGGUCCUUUUGGCUCUUCACAGAGGAUCAUCAGUUCCAGCAUUAACAUGUGGACUUCAACAGCCUGUUCUACGGAUAGCGGGUGGUGUGAAUGCCCAGGCUGGCGAGUGGCGGUGGCAAGUCAGUGUCCAAUAUCGCAGCCAACAUAUCUGUGGAGGAAGCCUCAUUAAUAAUCAAUGGGUUCUCACUGCUGCCCACUGCUUUUUCGAGAUUGGGAAACAAAUCCACCCGGAGCAUUGGAGCGUGAUCUUGGGAAGUGUGAGGCUGAUGGGCAGGAGGGCCAGAGGGUCAAAACGGAACGUCUCUAUGGUCAUCCCUUACGAAAACUACACCAGCUACGAGAAAGGACAUGACAUCGCUCUGGUGCGCCUGGCCAAGCCUGUGCGCUACACCAAAGAUAUCGCGCCCAUCUGCCUGCCUUUUGCUGAGCACCGCUUUGCCUUUGGGACCCAGUGCUGGUUGACUGGCUGGGGAGACGUCGCGGCCAACGUCCACCUGCCAGAACCCAUGAUCCUCCAAGAAAUAACCAUGGACCUCUUGACUGUCGACACCUGCAACUGCAUUUACAGCAAUCUGCGCAACAGGCGGAUCGUCAACCCUGCCUUGCCUGGCAUGGUCUGCGCCAUGACUCCUGACCGCAAGAGAGGACCUUGUAAGGGCGAUUCAGGUGGCCCACUGGUUUGCUUGGAGAACGGCCGAUGGUUCCAGGCAGGGAUCAUGAGUUCCUCCUUGAGUUGUACCCAGUUCUAUGGACCCACCCUCUUGACGGACGUGAGAGCCUACGCCAACUGGAUCCAGCAUCAUGUUGAAGGAGCCUCCUUUGCCAAUCAGAUCGAGCCCAUACCCAACACCACUGACAGUUACAUGUGCACAGGCUGCGGGGUCCUGAAACAGGAGAACAAACAAUGGCCUUGGUAUGCAAGUCUACAGUAUCAAGGAGAGCACGCCUGUGGAGGCACUUUAAUUGGGGAGCACCACAUCCUGACUGCUGCUCAGUGCUUCAUUGGGCGCCAGGAAACGGAAGGCUGGGAGGUACUUCUGGGAGAGCAGCUGGAAGGAAGGCAACAAAAAUGGCAAGAGAAGAGAACUCUCAAAAACAUUGAGCUUCACGGUCUCUAUGUUGACAUGAUGGAAGGUUACGACAUUGCAGUUGUCACACUGGCACAACCUGUGGUGUUCAAUGACAACAUCUCAGCCAUUUGUGCCCCAUAUGCUGCCCACCAGUUCCCCUUUGGCUCUACUUGCUGGACCCGCGGGCGAAGAAUUGAUGACCAAGGGAUGCCAGGCCCUCUGCAAAGUGUGGAGGUGAAAAUCCUUGGCCCAAAGAAUUGCAAUUGCCGCUACAAUGUGACGAGUGACCCUGGGAGAGAAAUCUCCAUCAUGCCUAAGAUGGUCUGUGCAGUACCACAUAACAGAUCCAUGCGUUGUGAGGUAAGCAUCGGAGACCCCUUGGUUUGCAGCCACAAGGGGGUGUGGUUCUUGGCUGGCAUUUCCAGCUAUGGGAAUGGAUGUGGAACUAUAAUUCGUCCAGGGGUUUUCACAUCCGUCAAGAGCUACGAAGAGUGGAUCAUGAAGGCUGCCUGGUCCACAUACUAUGAUGUGCAAAAAAACCCUGUACCAAAGGCCACAGAUGAAGAGACUUGCCUGACUGUGUAGCCUUCCUGUUAACAUCUAGCAAGCUCAUAAAUCAGGAUUUCUCUUACAAUGAGGGUUUGAAAGGCAAACUUUUGCUUCAUCUUACGAUCUGUGUAUACCUCUUUCUUGAAGCAACUUGAAUCUUGGCGUAACAAAGAAAUGUCUACAAGAGCGAUCAUACCCUAGGAAAUUAUCUAAUCAGCAUUGCAUUCACUUAUUCAAGUUUCUCAACUGUGACAACUUUUAAGAUGUGUGGACUUCAACUCCCAGAAUUACCUGCCACACAUCUUAAAGCUGCCAGAGUAGAGAAACACUGCCUUAGGCACCCUGUUCAUACAGUUACAUUUCUCAUUUCAUUUUUUAUUUUUAUUUUUUUAGUCUGUGGUGAUCCAUUCCUGAUCGUGAAAUAUCAGGAUGGCAAAUAUUUAUUUCCUUUUUUCCACCUGUAAAUAAGCCUGGGACUAAACUGAUCAAAACUGACUUGCCCAGUUUUUACACUCCUAAAAAUCCAUUUUCAAAGGCUGUGAAGCUUGUAUAGUCAAUAUGACCUGCUCUUUAAUGCUUUGGAAUUUUCUUAUUAUUUUCUAAAAAACAGACCACACGCACUAAGUAACCUGUAUACUAAAUCUGAGCUUUCUAGUGUAUGUAGAGUCUUGCCAAUUAGUUACAGACAGCCCCAUACAAUUUACAUUUUGUUUCAGUGACUAUGAUUCUCUAGUAUCUCAAUAGAAUUAUUAGACAAGACGAUUGAGACUGACAUACUUCUCCCAAUGCAUCAAACCAUGAUAUGGUUUGUUUGCUUCAGCUUUAGGUAUUCUACAAACUUAACUGCUGUGGCUUAUGCUUAGCCUUUUGAACAAAUCCUAAGGGUGGUUUGUUAUAUUGUGUAUGCCAUGGUUAUAUAUAAACCUUUGUACCAUAUGUGAGCACAGACUACAGCUUUCUUGGGUUUUGUAGCCAAGCCAGGAAUCCAGGUUUCUUGCCCCACUUUUGCUUUCUUUGAGCCUCAGCACUUCACUACAGAUCAUCUUUAUUUUAAGUGUAAGAUGUGGGUAGAAUCUUGGGUUUCUCUUGUGAAUUAAAAAAUGCAUCCAAGCUAAUCUUGAGUUAUUUUUUUCCCCCAAGAUGAUAAAACUGACAUGGAUUUAUUGGUGUAUUUAUUUUCAAUGUUCCAUUUAAUGAAGCAAGUUAUUUAAACAUUUGUAAACUCUGUCCGACCAGCAUCUGAUUAUUUGUACAUGACAACGUUUGCUGAUUGUAUAGGCUUUAAUUGUUGGGAGCCAGCAUCUUGUACUCUAGAAAGCAUUUGGUUGUUAAUCUUUGUCUUUUUAAAACAUCAUCUCCCCCAGGCUGAUUUAUAAUAUGCUGUACUUUUCUAUCUCUGUGUAGAUAGAUAAAUCUAUUUAUAUUUGAUAAUAUGUAUUUAUUACAUUUUGUUUUUCUAUUAUGUUACUGUGAAAAUUUGUUUGGAAAAAUGGAAUAUAAACAACAAUAAAAGAAAGGCAAGAAUUA